AUCCGUAGGUCGGCGAUGCCGACGCCUGAUCACGUGGGCCCGAAUGGUGGUUUCCGGGCGAGCCGUCCGAUAGCGCGGUGCGCGCCGGGAAUUGUAGUGUUUGAUCUGUGGCGCCAGUCACCUGUCAGAGGCGGUUGGCGGCGGCGGCGGCGGGUCUGGAAGAUGUGGUUUCUGACUGUUUUGCCAGCUGCUGAGAAAUGCCGCUUGCUGAAGCAAAUCUGCAGGAACUAUUAUUCAGCCAUUGCUUCUAAUUUCCCAUUUGUUCCUUCUUGCCUUCCUUUGGACUCCAUCGAAUUGGAGGAUCUUCAGGAAUUUCUGUUUCAGUCUAAGAAGCUGUUUGUGCUAUCUGGAGCAGGCCUGUCAACGGAAUCUGGUAUUCCUGAUUAUCGCUCGGAAGAGGUUGGACUUUAUGCUCGGACAACAAGACGGCCCGUUCAGCACCAUGCGUUUGUCUGCUGUGCCAAGAGUAGGCAGAGAUAUUGGGCACGAAAUUAUGUUGGCUGGCCACAAUUUAGUUCGCGCCAGGCAAAUGAAGCACACAAAGCUCUGAGUAAAUGGGAAACAAUAGGGAAGCUGCAUUGGCUGGUGACCCAGAAUGUGGAUGCUUUGCACACAAAGGCAGGUAGCCAGUACUUGACAGAACUUCAUGGCUGUACACAUAGCGUGAUCUGCCUUGGCUGCGAGAAGAUAACACCCAGGAGUCACCUUCAAGAUGAAUUUGCAGCUCUGAACCCUAAUUGGUCUGAAGAAACACAAGGAAUAUUUCCAGAUGGAGACGUUUUCCUGGCCGAUGAACAAAUCAAACAUUUCAAUGUUCCCUCGUGUAAGAAUUGUGGUGGUAUCCUGAAACCCGAUGUCACCUUUUUUGGAGACACAGUAAAUAAAGAGAAAGUUAAUUUUGUGUAUGAACGUUUGACGGAAUCUGAUGCAGUUCUGGUGGUCGGCUCUUCUCUACAGGUAUAUUCUGGAUAUAGGUUCAUCAUUGCAGCCUUUGAGAAGAGGCUGCCUAUUGCAAUACUAAACAUUGGGGCUACCAGAGCAGAUAAACUGUGCACUCUGAAAAUCAGUGCUCGAUGUGGAGAGGUUCUGCCAUACGUUCUUCCCUUUUAACACUGUCAAGCUGUACAACAGGAAAACUCCUUGAUUCUGGUAAUAUUACAAACAUAUGGAACAAAAUUCUAUGAAAAAUAAUCCAUAUAGAUUAGUAAUAGCAAUUUCUCACGCAGUGGUAUCUUUAUAUACAGGCUGCAUUUUGUGUAUAUGAAGAUCGAAAGAUUUGAGAAAUGAUAUCUUCAACAAUUUCCUGAGAAAUGGAUUGCAACCAUUACCAAGUUCUUGCAAAGUUUCCUAUAAAUAAAUACAAAAGUUUGUUUCAUGAAAUCUAUUGUUUCAAUAAAUCACAUUAUUAA